AUGGUUGUAGAGCAAGGUGUGGCUAUUCAGGACACCUUUGCACAGCUGGUGCCCCCCGUUAAUCCGGCCCAAAAGAUCAUCUUGUCCCAAGUUCCUCCGUUUAUCAGUUUAUUUGUAACGAAACGCUACAAAGAGAACAGGAGAGGCACGGGCAGCUCACAAAGAAUGAAGUGCUACGGCUGUGGAAUGAAGGGCCAUAAGUGUGCAGCCAAAUUCUCUUUAAAUCUGCUCAACUUCAAAUUCAAUUAA